UGCAUGGUAUCUAAUGGGCUAACCGCUAACCAUAAAAUAAAAGAGUUGAAUGGGCCUGAUCUACAUGGGAUUUGGUCAUCAAGUAAAACAAAUGAACAUCAUGGGUUUGCCAUUCUAAAACAAGCUAUUUUCUCUGGCAUAAUAUAUAUUAUGCUAUUAUUUUAUAUCUUAGUGGCUAAAAUAUAAUGUAUUUUAAAGUUAUUCAAUGGUUCAACCUCGACCAACCCAAUUAGUCCAAUUUUUAUCAUUUCAAAUAUAUAUUUUAUAAUUAUUUGACAUCAUAAUGAUCAAAUUAUAGUGUAUUUUAUAGGGAAUCGUUUGGUAUUUGUUAGUAAAAAACUAAACAUAAAAAUCUAUUUGGUUAUUUUAAACAUUAAAACGAUCCUCAACAUUUUCAGUUCCUUUUGAAUUUAUAUGGUUUUAUUCCCGAAUAAGUGAUGUGCAAAUGGCGAAUUGUAGUCGUCUUUUUUCUUUCACUAUUUUUUUAUUUUCAAAUAGAAAGUUUAAAAGUAAAGAAUAAUUAGAAUUUGGCAUGGGUCGGUCAAACAGGUUGAAUUUCAAGUUUUGGCCCAUUUGUUUUAUGCAUUGCAAAUUUAUUAGCAUGUUGAUGGAAAUGGCUUGGAAAAAAAACAUAUAAGUUGUAUCUUUGCAGAAAUGUCCUCAAAUGUUUGAAUGCUUUGUGAAUCAGGUUCUGUGACUUUUGUGAUGGUGUAUGUGCUUGACGAUUGCUCGAUGUUGUAACUUCUUAAUUUAAGAGUAAAUCUUUUGACUUUUCCUAUGAGUUGUGAUACCAGUUCUAGUGGUUGCAGCAUGUUGUCGUUGUUGGCCUGUAAAAGUUGUUUCGCCGUGAUGCUAAAUACCUUUCCUUCUUUUUUAACAAAUUGUGUAGUAGUGCUAUGAAACAGACCACCCAUGAACGCUACGCUUAUUAUGUUCUGUUCUUACUUCCGGUGGUGAGAAAUUGUGAAUUGAAACCGAAUGAAUUUAAACUUGAAAGAUUCUACUCCAUCUUUAACCAAUCGAGUUGUAACCAAAUUAUUGUCAAUUUCAUACGAGUUGAAUUAACGUAAUUCAUUCGAAUUUAAACUUGAAAGAUUCAACCCGGACUUUAACCAAAUUAUAGUCAAUCCAAGUCUAUCUUAAACACACUCAUAAGAUUACUAAAGAGCAUGUCACAAAACACAAAUUUGUAAUAAAAUAUUGAGUUACCAGAAAAUGGCAUCGCGUGCACAUAGCAUAACAACAACAGUUGUUAAUGAUGAGACGGGGAAAUAAUGAAAGCAAAGAAAACAGGACGGAACAGAACAUGAGAGGAGCUUGGGAGGGAGAAAGUAAAGAAUGACGUUGGAUUGGAACGGAUGCUCUGCUCACCCAGGUGGGCUUCCCCCCUUUCACUUCUCCUUCUCUCUCUAGUAAGUUAGCCGUUUUCUUCAUCUUUAGCUUCUUUCUCCUCUCCUUCACUAAAACAACCUAAAGCAGAAAACUUCGAUGCCAUUACUACUUUCCCUCCUCUUCCAUUCUCCUCUCUCUCUCCUUUUUCCAAUAUAGAUACAUUACCCGCAUUUCCCUUUCACUCUACCUUUACAGGGAUAGAGAGACUCAGAAACCCCCAGAAGAGAAAAGGAAGGUCUUGACUGCCUCCUUUGAUCAUUAUUAGACAGAUAGAGACAUAGCAGCAGGGGGGAGUUGUUGGGAGAAAAGAUAAAAGAAAAGAAAAGAAAAGCUUUGAAUUUGAGAGGAGAAGAAAAGUUUGGCUCAUUGCUGUUGGAAUUUUUUGGGGGAAUGGGAUCUUCAUCAGGGCAAGGUUCAGGUGGUGGGUAUGAUCUAUCCUUCAAGAUCCUAUUGAUUGGAGAUUCUGGUGUGGGUAAAAGCAGCCUUCUUGUCAGCUUCAUUUCCAGCUCUGUUGAGGAUCUUGCUCCCACCAUUGGUGUGGACUUUAAGAUCAAGCAACUUACUGUAGCCGGGAAGAGAUUGAAGCUCACAAUUUGGGAUACUGCUGGGCAGGAGAGGUUCAGGACUCUAACCAGCUCUUACUACAGAAAUGCCCAAGGAAUCAUUCUUGUUUACGACGUGACUCGGAGAGAGACAUUCACAAACCUCUCAGAUGUGUGGGCUAAAGAAGUCGAGCUUUACUGCUCAAAUCAGGAUUGUGUCAAGAUGCUGGUUGGCAACAAAGUUGACAAAGAUUCUGAAAGGGCUGUAACCAGAGAAGAAGGCAUGGAGCUUGCCAAAGAGCAUGGGUGCUUGUUCCUUGAAUGCAGUGCUAAAACUAGAGAGAAUGUCGAGCAAUGCUUUGAGGAGCUCGCACUGAAGAUAAUGGAGGUUCCUAGUCUCUUGGAGGUAGGAGCUACAGCAGGAAAGAGGAACAUUCUGAAGCAGAAAUCAGAUCAACAAAGUCCUCAAAGCGGCGGCUGUUGCUCUUGAUGAUGAUGAUGAUGACGAUUGAUGGAUUUAUGUAUGAUGGGUCUGUUGUUUGUUUGUUGUUGAAUGUUUGACUCACUUUGACCCAAAAUCCAUCAAACUGAUUAAUGUAUAUGAGAUCAGGCAUUGCUGUCUCUAUUUCUUUCUCUGUGUGUGAUCUCAAGGGUGCCUUUUGGAGAGUUUCCGAUUAGUUUGUACCAUUGCCAAAAAGGAGGUUAGAGAGUGCACCAAGAGUAACAUAUACUAGAUUGUGUACAUUUGGUUGGUGAGUUCCACUUCUUGGUCAAUGCAUUCCAUUGAUUCAGUUAAUCCAUGUGCCAUGUUUCUUCCAUUUGAGUGGCCAUGGAACUCCCAUGAAUCAUGAGCUUCCUAGGACUUGCUACAAGCAUGUUAAGUGGAUGGUGGGCAACAACUCAUUCCAAUCUGUUGACGAACCAAUUUCGAAUGAAAACACAUUAUAAAU